AUGUCACCCCCAAGUGACCCGAGCCCCUUUGUGGUGUCCCAAGCUGCACUGUUAGCAAGGGGUGCCGCUGGCCACGAUACACUCUCAUGUUUACAGGAAGGAAGGACGCACCACCGCCGAGGAUGGCUAACCACAAGAAAAGUCAUCCGACAGGCCAGGGGCCCGGCUUCAGGAUGGGCCGUUUCCUCCAGAAAUAGGGGUUCCUGCAAUUGGCUUGCAGAGCUAUGCUCCCCCAGCAGACCCUCCCCACACCCUGGCUUCAGGCUGCUGCUUGAAGAAAAUACUUCGCAAGCUUUGACUGAGGAGCCUUUGUUCAAAAGGCCACGCACCACCUGUGACGCCCUGUCCUUGGGAGCAGGCAAUUUCCUCUGCCUGCCCUUCCCCAAGAAGCUGCGGAACAUUGUCAACAGCAAUCAGUUUGCAUCCAUUUGGUGGGAUGACGAUGGGACUUGCAUAGGCAUCGACGAGAAACUGUUCCAGAAGGAGUUUUUGGAGAGGCAUGGCCUGAACAAAGUGUUUGAAACAGACUGUAUGAAUUUCAUCCACCAGCUCGAUGGAAUCCUCUAUGGAUUCAACAAAAUUCUUCAGGAUGUCCUCCCAUCCAUGUGCCUGGCCAGCUUCUUCCCCAGAGACCCCAUGCUGAGCAAAUUACAGUUCUACAGCAGUCCCUUGUUUAAGGGAGCCUGCUCUCACCUCCUCGUGAGGAUGAAGAGGAGAGUGGGCAUUAAAUCUGGGUUAAGGCAGGUGGAGAGCAAGCCCGAAGCCCUGGGAAUUCCCCCAGCACCUGCAGCCACUGAACAACCAGAGGAACUCCCCACCUCUAAUGAGGACAAGCGGGAGCCGGUGAGUAGCCAAGAGCUUGACAGUCCUACUACCCCAGUCAGGAGUGAGUCCGCCCCUCCAGCCGUUCCAAGGAUGGCAGCCAGGCCCAACUUUGAUCUGGAUGCUGCAGGAGGCCGGCCGACCAGCGGCCAGCCUGAGGGCACCCAGGCUGCUGGUAGCUUUGCUGCCAUGCCUCCCAUGCUCCUGGCACCCCCAGACCAGUCCGGGGACAUGUGCCAUCUGCGCCCCUCCCCGUGGCUGGGCUGCUGCCCUCGUGCCAUCGCUGGAUGCCUGUCGUGGCUUCCAGACCUGCCGCCUCCAUGA